UUUUUUCUUAAGGCUCCUUUUUAUUGGGCUUGGAUCUAGUAUUUAGAUUUUUAUAGUAUUCUUUCAUGGGCUGCUCUUUAAAUUAUUUAAUCUGAUAAAAAAUCAAGGAGAGCACACACACGGCUUCGUAUUUGCUAAAACGCAGUAAUUUGAUCGUUCCGCUAGCAAAUUCUUGAAAAGACAAACAAGAACUGCAUAGGAUUAGAUUGCUCGUCGUCCCUGUCAACGGCUAUAGCUUUGUACAAACUUUACAAGGAAAAUGACAUUCCCACAGACUGCCGGCCAACAUUCUCCUCUUGCUGAUAUUAUCAAUGUCUCGAUUCAUUGACAGAACAUAUAUGUCAAUGUACAUUAAUAUUUGCCUCGUGUUCUUGACCAAAAUCGUAACACCUUUCCUUCUGCGUGUUCCGAGACAAUGAUGGAAAGGAGAUUGAGCAAGGAGUCCUCAAGAGGCUCUGUCACUCUGCAAAAGAAGCUAGUAGAAUCUCGCCAACCAAGCAAAACCCAACAACCACCGGACCUCACAGAUUUCAUGAAUGACAUGUUCUUUGGAACUGUGCAAACUGAUAAGAAAGCUUAUAACUUGACUGGAAGUCCUUCGGAGGAUGAUGACGAAGAAAGUUUCGAUGACAGCACCAGGAGUAACAGCAGCAGGUUAACACAAGAGUGGCUAGAGGAGGCCAGACGAAUGAUGGCUUCAUCUCCUACGCGGUGUGACUCGCCUACCAAGGUUGCUGGAUCGCCAAAGUUCGCAGCUAUUCCUGGCAGGCUUUCAUCACCUUCUGUACUUGAUAGGAGGGAUCCUCUCUCUAGGUCUGCUAGAAGGCACAAAGCAAUAGAAGGGUUCAGUGGAGAGAUACUUGCAAAAUCAGCAAAGCACAGCCGUAAUAGAUCAGAAUCAUUAGAUAGCAUGCCCAGCUCUCCCUCAGAGCCAUCCCCUGCAUUACAGGUCCAACAGUGGUUUUCAAACAUGCUCAAACCCUACAAUCCAGAAUCCCACCAACCCAACGACUCCCCCACCCCCUCCAUUGAUCCAGUAGCCACAGUGCUGCCUCGUCAGCCAACAUAUCGCAAGUCCCGCUUCCAAACUGAGCCAACUAUACCUGCUUCCCAAGGAGUACCAGUACCGUCACGCAGAACUUUCAAAGCAGCCCCAUUACCUGAUACCCAGAUGCUCUCUCCUCCAAAGAAUCUCAUUGAGUCAGCUCACCGGAGAUCAAUAUCAUCCUCGACAUGUUCCCAACCGGAGAAACAGCUCUUGUCUCCACCGAGGAAUGUCGUAGAGUCUGCUCAUAGAAGAUCAAUAACGAGGUCGACGUGCUCUGUUGGGAAAAUUGCACCAAAGCCUCAUGUAAAUGGGUGGCAACAGAAAGAGGAGGGAGAACGAGUCGUUAGUCUAAAUGACUUCCUUAAGAACCAAAGAAUCAAGAUUGAGAGGAUUCUGAAUGGGGAGAUUGAUUCUAAGGCCAAAGUUAUCCUUUCUGGCACUUCAACCAAUACAAGUUCAAUGGUAGCGGCAAUAUGCUAUGCAUGGUUGUUGGAGAAUAGGUUCAUAAAGAAUAAAGGAGAGGGAGAUGGAGACCGUGAUGUAGUGGUGCCGGUGAUGAAUGUAAGGAGAGGCAGAAUGUGGAAGCAAAGGCAGGCGGCUUGGCUCUUCCACCAUGUUGGCCUUGAGACUACCUCAUUGCUCUUUGCUGAUGAGGUGGAUUUGGAGAGUUUGAUAAUGGCAGGGAAAUUAACCAUCCUUGUGGUUGGACAGGACAUACUGAAAACUGAUAAUGAGGUUGGAUCUAAGUGCACUAUUCUUACUGAUAAUUACUGUGAAGAUGCUUAUGAUCUGCUUCAAACCCCAGUGCUCAAAAAGCUUUUGCUUGCAGGUAUCCUUUUAGAUACUCAAAAUCUGAAUGCAUCUACUAAGUUGUCAAUGACAAGGGAUGCAGAGGCAGUUCGGUUGCUACUAGUUGGUUCAACUGCUAAUUAUCAAAAUGCCCUUUUCGAACAAUUAAUUCAAGAUCAAAGAGACAGUUCCUUCUUUGAGACUUUGCGGUACAACUACGGAAAGCCACCUAGUGAGAGAGGACUCGACAGCACGACCCAGAUGGAGCAGAGAGAAGCAGAGAGAAAGUCAACUUCUAUCUGUUACAGUGAAGCCAGUGUACCAAAUUCAGAUAAGAAGUCUAAGGAUGUGAAAAAUGCAAAAUCCAACGGGGACACACCAAAAUCAGCCGAAACUGUGAAAACAAAUUCUGAUUCCUCUCGCGGAAAGAGUAAGUUCUUCCUGGCAAGGUGGUUUGGUUUCGGGAAAUGAUGACAGAACUCUGCACUCAUCAUUUUGCUCAUUGUGGCAGAAACCUUAACUUUUAAUGAGAUUAGACUUUUCUUUUUUCUUCAGACGUUUCCCUUAGGGAUGAUCGAAAUAGCUGAGCAGAAUGUCCUGAAGUCAUAGUCAAAUGGCCAUGGCUGCUAUGCUUAUUCUAUUAUUAUUUUUGUACCAGACAAUAAUGUCAAAAGGUUUUAAUAACAGUCAGAUUGAUAACAUCA